GAGCGCAGAGUACCCUCUCCGGUGGUGACAUUUGUCACCCGGCCGCGUUUAGGAGAGGGUCCAAAAUCACGGUAUCUGAUUGGCACGGUCGGAGGGGCUGGACGACGCUGAUUGGCUAGCUGGACGUCGGACCAGGCCUUACCCGGUUACGGAAGCCGACGAGGGCCGAGCGGAACCCCAGGUAGCGGCGCAGAAGGACCCGGCCCCAAUGGCGACCCCAGAAGCCGGCGGCAGCGGCGGGAAUGGCGAGGGCUGCGACCCGUCCGUCACCUACUACCGGCUGGAGGAGGUGGCGAAGCGGAACUCCGCCGAGGAGACGUGGAUGGUGAUCCACGGGCGAGUCUACAACAUCACCCGCUUCCUCAGCGAGCAUCCUGGUGGGGAAGAGGUUCUGUUGGAACAAGCUGGUGCAGAUGCAACUGAAAGCUUUGAAGAUGUUGGCCACUCCCCUGAUGCCAGGGAAAUGCUAAAGCAGUACUACAUUGGUGAUGUCCAUCCGAGUGACCUUAAGCCUAAAGGUGGUAACAAGGAUCCUUCAGGAAGCAGUACAUGCAAAAGUUGCUGGGCUUAUUGGAUUGUCCCCAUCGUGGGGGCUAUCCUUAUAGGUUUCCUGUAUCGUCACUUCACGACCGACAGCAGAUCCUCCUGAGAAGAGCAUGCUGAAGUGUGGGAGCACAUGCUCCUGGGAAUGAGAAGGAGAGACUUGUUUUGGAGGCUGCAGCUGUGCAUCCUCCUUGAAUCCUGCCAGUUUGUUUGUUUGUUUUUUCUUGGAGCCACGGUGGUGACCAGGUAUCUGUCUUCCUUCAAUAUAGAGCCAGAGUCCUUCAUCAGCCAGAGACUGAUGCUCAAAGCACCUGCUCACACUGUGCCCUUGCCAGGGUUUCUCCUCUCUGGUCUUCAUUGUUCUCUUCAUUUCAAGAGUUUAUGCCAAUGAUUUAGAGUUCCUGUGUUGUAGUGAAAUGGCCUUUUGGGGACAAUAUAUGAUUUCUGAUAUUUUGAAUUCACAUUAGACAUAUUUAAAAUAGCAGUCUAGUUUUGAAUUUUUUCCCUUUUUUUAAAUUAAAUUUUUAAAUUCUGAUUUAAUCUUGUCAUUUAACAUAAGGGAUUUAAUUCAUGAAGUUAAGAUAUGUAUCUCUUAUUUAAAACACAGUUGCCAAAUGAUCUUAUUUGUGAUUAUUACAAGUAAAGAGGCCAGCAAGAUGGCUCAUUGGGUAAAAGCAAUUGCCUGACAACUUGAGUUUGAUUCCCUGGACCCACAUGGUAGAAGGAGAGAACCAAUUCCCAAAAAUUGUCCUCUGACCUCCACAUGUGUGCUGUGGCCGUUGUGUACACACACACACAUACACACACACACACACACACCAGUUGUAAUUUUUAAAAAUAUAUAAAGAAGAACUAUGUGGUUGUCUUCCUCCCAGAUAAUGCAGCUAUCCCUCCUAUCCCUAAGUCCAUCAUCUUCUUCCCCAAGAGUAUUUCACAAAACUGCUUCGCUUUGAUUUCUUAGAGGCAGUAGAGGCAAAGAAGGGCCAAUCCAGAAUGAUCUCUUUUAAAAAGAGAACCAAACACUAUUUACAGGACAGCAGUUUAAGAUGUUAGCAACGUGCAGCCUCUGGUCUGACAGAAGUCUCUAUCCAUCUUCCACCCUGGCUGUCUGUGGUGAAAGAUAAGUGUGUGAUUGUCCAUGGAGUUUCACGGAAUUGUAUUAUGUUCACAGGGCUCACAGAAGCUUCUUGCUGCUUUUCUGUUCUCUGAUUAGCAAAGUUGUGAUGCCCUGUUUUUAAAGGAGACUCAAGUUUGAACUCACGUUUAUCUCAGUUAAACAGCUUACAUGUAAAUGUAAUUGGCAGGCAUGUCAUUUUAGAUUCAGACCAUGCUGAGACUUCUCUUUUUUCAACUGUGUUCUACCUUCUUGGCUCCAACUUGGUGAUUUUGUCCUACUUUUCUACUGAGGAUAAUAAUGAUAAAUCUGGAAGCUUCUUCCCUCCUUGGAUAUGUAUUUUAUUGGAAAGUAGGUAAUCACUUAAAAUUAUUGUUGCUCAUUGGUCCAGGCAUUUUUCUGGCGCCCUGAAUUAUUUUUUUGGCUUGGGGUACCCGACAGUACCCUAGGUGUUUUUUAGUUAUCUAUGGUUUUUUUUUUUUUUUUUUACAUGGUUUGUUCAUUACCAGUCUGCUCCUGGGCUGCUGUCAUAUCCAACAGGAAGUCACUGAAUUCCAGAAGGACCAGAGAUUUUGGAAAGUAUCCUCCUGCCUCCCAGCUUGCCAGGGGCUUGACAGGACAGGAAACUGCACAGUAAACCAGUUUGCCCCAGCAAACUAUUUAAGAAAAAGUUCAGCCCAGGACUUGUAUCCUGUGAUUUAAAAGUUGAAUGAAUUCAGAAUUCAUCAAAACAACGUUAGCUUUUUCCUUGCGUACUUGCAUAUGAUAUCUUAGAGUAAUUUCUAGGUGACUUUUAUAUCAGGGAUGCAGACUUAAUCAAACUUUUAUCUUUAAAAAUGUCUGUAAUAUUGUGUAGUGGAUUGGAAGAGUAGUUAAUACACCUUCACAGAAGCUUGGAAGGUUUGUGUGCAGGGAGGUUUGGGACCCACUUGCGGUGAUAGCCAAGCUCCAUGGAGUAUGCCGGGUGGAGGGGAAGAACAGGCACAUUGCAGUGCCGGGAGGGAACAGUCAAGCUGACACCUGAAGACAACCUGGAUUAGUUGGGAAUGUAUGUUGGCAAUAUCUUCAUUUCCAGUGAAAAACAUCUGGCUUAUGGGAAGUGUUAAAGAAAUGUAUUUUUGGCUGGGCAUGGUGGUGCACACCUGUAAUCCCAGUUCUGGGGAGGCAGAGGCAGGAAGAUCUCUGAGCUGAGGUCUGGUCUACAUAGCAAGUUCCAGGACAGUCAGCACUACAUAGAAGGACCCUGUCUCAACCAUAUCCUACCCCAAUAAAAGAACUGUAUUUUUAAGUGAAAUUGGUGUUUUGGUAUUCCUACAGUAAAUAUCAAUACAAAAGGCUUAUUUUUCUUCACAUCUGUGUUCUUUUCCUGCUUAUAUUCUUACAGCUGAGCUUUUUUUUUUUUUUUUUUUAAACUGAGAGCCAGAAGGAAAAUAUUUUCAUACUUUCUUCUUUACCAUCCAUGAAAUUCAUCUAAUACCCAGGGCUUCUUUUGAAUUACUGAUAAUGUGAUGUCAUUUUGUAUUAUAAAAAAUGCUGCUGCUCCUUUUUUUAUUUUUAUUUUUUAAUCUUUAAUCCCAGCAUUUGGGAGGCAGAAGCAGACAGUUUUCUUGAGUUCUACGCCAGCCUAUUCUACAUAGCAAGCUCCAGGCCAGCCAGGGCUACAUAAUGAGACUGCCUCAAAAUAAAACAAAACCCUAAAAACCUUUUAGGUCUAGUUGUUGUAAUUCUAUUGCCUAUAUAAACAAGAGGUAUGUCUUAGGUGAGAGUUUGUCUAGGCUUUUCUUAAACAACAAAGCAAUACAGCAUUUGUACCAAAUGCAUUAAAAACAAAACAAAACAAAACACUAAACUUGUCAAAGAAGCCUUGACAUUUCAGGGUCAUGAAGACCAUCACUAAGACCAUGGGGAGCCAGUUCCUGUUGGCUGACAGUAUCCCCUGACCUGUGGAAUAUUUGGCUGUUUAUUCUUGAGGUGGCCAGCUGUUAACCAUACACCAUACAGGUAACAACUGGUGAACACAAAAGAGAGAAAUUCUUGCUACCAAGAUACAGGCUGUUAAUACCCAUUCUCUAACAGUUUCUACCUGGCCCUGGGAGCUGGUUUUCAUUUCCAAGUGAUGUGCACAUUUGUAAAGAAAGCAACAGGACAGAGUGUAUGGACUGUGUUUAUAUCUCCUUGUGUGAUUACUUAUGAAGAGGCAAGUCUGUCCAAAUCGAUCAUUUGAGCUGGCUCAGCAGCUGCCAUCGGGGCUUAUGUUCAUUUAGCGCUGAUGGGGCCCAGUGAAAAGUGCUUUUACAAGCCAGAUGUGUCAAUCACAUACGGUAUUUGUGCUUCUGUCUUUGGUGAUGCCUGUCUGGCUGAAGUCCACCUGAGGUGUCUGAAGCACAGCAUAAAUGUUCUUUGCCUCUUCCCCUAGGGGGAGUGCAUUCAGACAUGUCAUGUCUCAACAAGAACGAAGGUUCUGGGGCUGUGCUUGCUAUUGAGUUGCCACAUACCCCAAAGGUAACAGAAGGCUCCAUCAUAUUUGGCCAGCUCUGGAGUCUGUGGGGGUCCUCUAGAAGGGGAGACUUUGAAGAUGUGCCAGCCACCUGCCUUUAUGCCCAGUGUCUUACUCAUGAUUGUCAGCGGCCUCUCCUUGCCCACGCCUAUAUCAGCUGCUUGGGCAGAACAUCAUUUCAGUUAUUUAACUCGCUUUUUACUGCACCCUGGACUGUGAGUGACUAAUAUUAACAUUCCUUUUGUGUAUUCAACGAUGGAGUUUGUUUACCUAUUUGAUUUCAGCUUAUUUUGAACAAAGAUCUUUGUCUCUUUCUACUGGAAUGUGCACACUGUGAAUGUUUGUUAGAACUACACAAUAAAGAUACUGUUUUCCUUUUU